AUGGAGAACCUGGAAAAACUGCGUCCCGUUGGCAGGCUAGAGCGCUACUCAACCGCCCGCCAUGACCUGAAAUUCUAUCUUGGCCCUGCAGUGACUGCCUCGUACAAGCUCUCGAAGAGCUAUUCGUUACCACUGAAGGACUACAUUUACAAGGCGCUCGGAGAUGUGAUUGCUCGCCAUCCGAUCCUCUCCGCAAUCCCAGUGGACGAGCAUACUCAGACCCCAUACUUUGUCCGCCUGCCUGAAAUCAAUCUCGACAAAUGUGUCACCCUUGAGAGGCGGCAGCAUGAUUACCCAUGGGAAGCCGAGACGCGAGACACUGAACUGGACGAACUCCUCAGCUCUCAACAUAGCAUCCCCUAUGGAGCACCAAGGCCCUUCUGGCGGCUGAGGGUUCUGUAUCAUCCCAGUCACUUUACAGCAGCGUUCUUCUACCACCAUGCUUUGGGUGAUGGACAGUCAGGCAUUGCUUUCCACCGUACCUUUCACGAAGCCUUGUCAUCUGCCUUCUCAGGAUCGCUCGCUAUCCCUGUGCCAAAUAUCAUGGCUACCCCAUCGACACCAUUGCAGCCAGAUCUGGAAGCGCUCCAUCCCUUACCUGUUACGGUGUGGUAUCUCCUCAAAGUCCUCUUCAAAGAGUGGAUCUUGUCAAAGUUCUGGCCAGCUAGAAACCCUGGCCUUUGGACCGGAGGGAAAUGCACUGCGUCUUUGGGGCAAACCCGACUUCGAUCACUCAAUAUUCCAGCUUUGAAGACGACAGCUUUCAAGAAUGUAUGCCGUGAGAACGGAACGACCAUCACCGCAGCACUGCAAACCCUAAUUGCAGGUAUGCUCUUUGCGCACUUGCCUGAAAACUGCACCAGUCUCACAUGCAGCGGCGCACUCUCGACGCGUCGAUUUCUCCAGAAGGAAGCAGGGAUCACGGAUGACGUUAUGGGUGUGUUCAUGCAGGAUAUGUCCGAGAUUUACAAUCGCCGUAGCUUUGAACAUGCUCACGAUUCAAAAAGCGAGCUUUCUGUCCUCUCUUGGCCCGAGGCGCAACGUUCCCGCCGCAACAUCGAACACACAUUGAGCUUGAGAGGCGCCAACGCAGGCACUAACCUGCUUAAAUAUGUGAACAACUUCCACGAAGACCUCUUCUUGUCCAAGAUAGGAAAGCACAGGGAAAACAGCUUCGAGGUAUCCAACCUAGGUCUUGUUAAACCAUACACAAGCGGACAUGGAGGCAGCGGUUUAGAAAUGGGGAGGAUGGUCUUCACUCAGAGCGCCGGUGUCACGGCGGCCGCGAUCCAAGUCUCUGUCGUCACGGGCGCGGAUGGAUGUUUGGUCCUCGGCUUUUCGUGGCAGGAGGGCAUUGUAGAAGAUGGGCUCGUCCAUAAUGUACUGGCGGGUGUCGGGGCCGAGAUAGGGCGGUCAACCUCGAAGGCUUGA